CACCGCCUCCCUUGCAUCUGCCUAUCAGGAGCAGCAGUAGUCCCCAAUGCACAUUUGCGCUCGCCUCUGUGUUUUUGUUUGAUGACUGGACGCGGAGUAGCAGACACACUUAGCAACGAACGGGUGAGACCAGAGGGACGCACCGAGGUUUGCAACUCAACCGCUGCGCCUGCGGAAAAGGAUUCGAGAACCGAUAUAAACAGCCAAACGUCUGAUUCAGCGGGCUCCUACGGGUUGGACGUCUGCAAAGCAAUGUCCUGAGAUAGGACUGCUUUUCGGCACCCAAGGAACCGCACUUUUUCGGUAGUGUCCCGGAGAGGAGCUGGCUUGGGGUUCGCUGGCCAUCAAGAGAACAUUGGGCUACAGAGUACAGGAAAGGGGGGGUGAAAUCCCGAGAAGUCUACGUUGUCGACCCGCUUCCUUGUGGGGAUGGUUCUUGAGGCAGAAAGAAAAAGUCUUCAGAGAAAUUCGAGGAGCACUCGGGGCGGUCAUCAGUGUCAAUCCUGUACUCGAACUGUUAUUGGCAGAAGUGCUGUUCAUGUGGACGGGUGUUUUUGUGCGUGCAGUUGACCGUUCCUGGAACUUUUGGCAGGCUGGCUAAUGUUCGCUGGCGGUGGAGAGGAGAGACAGAGACAACUGCUUUUGGGGGGGGUAAAGCCGAACUAUGCAGUGGAUGGAAAAAUGAGAUGAUAUGGCCAUUUUUAUCAAUUGCUAGAUAACCUUCUUUAGCAUUUUUCAAAACGUUUUUUUCCUGAAAAUAAUUUUUCACGACUUUGUACGUGACCAGAGCCCUUUGGUUUUUAAAGUAUUAUUAGCCAAUCUCACGUUUGAUAUGUGCACCACCAUAUCGAGCUGUAUGCACUGCACAUCGAUACGUUUUCUUUAACGAUUUUAUUAAAUUGUAACGUUAUUAAAUGGCGAUUCUGACCAUAUUGUAUUUGGGGACAUUAACUAUGUGUCAUGGUGUUGCUUAGUUGAUUAACUGUCCUGCGUGGAUUUGAAUGAUCAGAAUCUGGUAAUUCAGCUUGUUAGCUAGCUACAGACUGUAAUUAGCAUGUUGAUAAAUUGGGCUGAGUAGCCUACUUUUCCUUCGUUGGUCACUCUGGGAGUUCUAACGUUACACACACAGCCUCCUCAAUGCUAUCAGAAUGGAAUUUAGCAUGAUGCUCUAUGUUACAGUGUUAAUUUAGUCCAGAAAUUAACGAACUCAUUAGGCAAGUGACCGUUGAGAAAACGGUGUGUCUGGUUCUGGUGGCCGGAAAAGAAUGCGGUUCUGCUCGGAUCGUGUGUUCACGGCUAAUCAGAACUGCUACCGUCGACUUUCUAACUUAGCUUGAUACAUGCUCAGCUAUUUUUUGUUGUGAACGUUUUUCCUACAAGUUUUUUUAAAUAAUUUUUAUUUUUGGAUGGUGGCGUCAAUCUCAAGUUCGGUCUGCAGUCAUGAUGAUAUUGAGCAGAAAACCGGAUGGUCCAAUCACAGCAGCUCGACCGGGGGACGGUCUGUAUGAUUCGUACAUGCGCACGGAUCGCGUAGUGACCGAAGACUCGCACACCAAUGCGCGGAGCCCUCCUGCUUUCCCCGCGGUAUCCAAGCACACCGGUGGAAACAAGCCGGCAAUGAAGGACCAGCAGCCGACGGGUGUCCGGGGCAACCAGGUGAAGGUCAGGUACCUGUACGAGGACUCAAGUAAGGGGAAGGCCAAUGCCCCUGCCAAAACCACGGCCUCUCUGUCCAAGGAGAAGAGCCUGGACAGCACCUGCUCGGUCAGGUCCGGCGACAGCACGGACCGGCCCGGUAAGGUGGAGCCCCUGACCCCCGAGCAGGCCCUCAAACUGCACGGGCAGCAGCUGACCGUGCUGGAGCAGCAGGAGAUCCUGGCCUACCCCGAGGUCUACUUCCUGGGGCCCAACGCCAAGAAGAGGCCGGCGGCGGCUGGGGGAUCCAACAACAACGGCUUCGAUGACGACCAGGGCGGCUACAUCCACGUGCCGCACGACCACCUGGCCUACCGCUACGAGUUCCUCAAGGUGAUCGGCAAGGGCAGCUUCGGCCAGGUGGCCAAGGUGUACGACCACAAGACGCGGCAGCACCUGGCGCUGAAGAUGGUGCGCAACGAGAAGCGGUUCCACCGGCAGGCGGCCGAGGAGAUCCGCAUCCUGGAGCACCUGCGCAAGCAGGACAAGACGGGCGGCAUGAACGUGGUGCACAUGCUGGAGAGCUUCACCUUCCGCGGGCACAUCUGCAUGACCUUCGAGCUGCUCAGCAUGAACCUCUACGAGCUCAUCAAGAGGAACAAGUUCCAGGGCUUCAGCCUGCCGCUGGUGCGCAAGUUCGGCCUGUCCAUCCUGCAGUGCCUGGAGUCGCUGCAGCGCAGCCAGAUCAUCCACUGCGACCUCAAGCCCGAGAACAUCCUGCUCAAGCAGCCGGGCCGCAGCGGCAUCAAGGUCAUCGACUUCGGCUCCAGCUGCUACGAGCACCAGCGCGUCUACACCUACAUCCAGUCCCGCUUCUACCGCGCGCCCGAGGUCAUCCUGGGCGCCCGCUACGGCAUGCCCAUCGACAUGUGGAGCCUGGGCUGCAUCCUGGCCGAGCUGCUGACGGGGUACCCGCUCUUCCCCGGGGAGGACGAGGGCGACCAGCUGGCCUGCAUGAUGGAGCUGCUGGGCCUCCCGCCGCAGAAGCUUCUGGAACAGUCCAAGCGGGCCAAGAACUUCAUCAGCUCCAAGGGCCAGCCGCGGUACUGCACGACCAGCACGCUGAGCGGGGGGGGCGUGGUGCUGAACGGGGGCCGCUCGCGGCGCGGGAAGCUGAGGGGGCCCCCGGGGAGCCGCGAUUGGGCGUCGGUCCUGAAGGGCUGCGACGACGCCAUCUUCAUCGACUUCCUGAGGAAGUGCCUGGACUGGGACCCCGCCGCACGCCUCACCCCCGCCCAGGCCCUGCGCCACCCCUGGCUGUUUAAGCGCCUGCCCAAACCCCUGGUGGGGGACCGGACCCUGCCGUCCCGCCGGGCGGCCGACCACAGCUCCUCCUUCCCCAGCAUCAUGUCCAAACUGCCCCCCGCGCUCGGCCCGGCCAAUAGCAAGCUGAGGACCGCCAUGAUGGGGGACGGUGGGGGGGGCAUCCCCCUGCGCACCGUGCUGCCCAAACUGGUCACUUAGGGCUCUGCUACCCUGGUUACGGAGAGGACAGAUUACCUAAUCCAGUUUCUUUCUUUUGUGUUUUUUAUGACACGGGUGUCGGCACCCUCACAGUUUCUGUUGGUUUUAACUCGGGGGGGGGGGGGGGGGGGGGG